AUUGCAGUAUUUAUUAUUUGGUUACUACGCAGUAGGUUUUGUUAUUCUUUAAGUUCCGAAUAAACAUUUUAAUAUGUCCUCCAAUAUAUUGUUUGUGAUUGAAAUUUAUUUAGUUUUAUUGCAAGUUAUAAGUUUUUCUCUGGGUGAUGAAACUGAUCCCUUACUAGUAACAAUUUCAAGUGGGAAGCUACGGGGAAAAAUUCUGAACGACAAAAAUGGGAAUCCAUUUUAUGCGUUUCAGAAAAUACCGUACGGUAAGAAACCGAUUGGAGAUUUACGAUUUAAACCAUUACAAAAACCAGAGCAAUGGAACGAUACACUCGAUGCAACUCAAAUUGCUCCAGAUUGUUUACAAGAUGUCAAAGGUUUCAGCACUGAAGAUUGCAUAUAUUUAAAUGUUUUCACUCAUAGAAAAGAAGAAUUAAAUCCUGUCAUGGUGUACUUCUACGGGGGUGCAUUGACAAGUGGUUCUAGCAACCCUGACACAACUCUUGGACCUGAAUUUCUACUAACAAAAGACAUUGUCUUGGUGACUCUUAAUUAUAGAUUAGGAAUUUUAGGCUUCUUAAAUUAUGAGUAUCCUGAUGAUCCAAGUAUUUCAAAUGAGAUCACUUCAAAUAACGGAUUUAAAGAUCAAGUGUUUGCUUUGCAAUGGAUACAAGAGAACAUCGAACACUUUGGUGGAGACAAAAAUAGUGUGACCGUUUUCGGAAACAGUGCUGGAGCAGUGUCAGUGCAUGCUUUGUUACUGUCUCCAUUAACUGAAAAUCUAUUUCAUAGGGCGAUUGUACAAAGUGGCACCGCUCUUACAAGAGGAUUGUCAAUGAAUAAUUCUGCAGUAUAUAUUGGCGAAGCAUUGGGUCUAGACACCAAGAACGGAACAAAAUUAAUGCAAGGUUUACGAAAUUUGACCGAACAAGAAAUAUUGGAUGUACAAGAGAAAAUUGAUGUUUAUAGAUUAACUAUAAAUAAAAUAACGGCAGCUGGUUUAGUCAUAGAAAAACCUGGACCUAACAGUUUUAUGUCUGAGAAUCCAUGGACUCUCAUCAAAACAGGAAGAUAUCAUCGUCGCCCUGUGAUUUUCGGUUUACUGGACGCAGAAGGCCUUAUUUACUACGUCUACAAAUAUUUAAAGAACACAACUCGCUAUUUUGACAUCGACACAUUCGUUCCAUAUUAUUACAAGAAAAGAUCGUUUGCCGCGUUGGAAAUUGAUCAAGAUUUCUUCCCAACACAAAAUUAUUCAGAUAUUGAAACUUGGAUUGAAGUAUGGGGUUACUCCAGUUUUAUUUUUGACAUUAUACGAUGUGUGGAAAAGCAAAUCAAGUGGAGCAAUGUUUAUUUCUACAAAUUUAGUCUGGAUACUGAUUUGAAUUGGUCGAAAAUAAGAUCACCAGAUGCUUUAGGAUUAAAAGGAGCUUGUCAUGGAGAUGAACUUGGAUACUUAUUCAAAAAAAGCACCACGCCUAAGAUUGAACCUGGUAGUGCUAAUGAUAUAGCAAUUGAACGGUUGGUAACGCUGUGGACAAAUUUCGCCAUCUUUGGAAUGCCGAUUAUCACAAAUGAUUCAUUGCUAGACUAUCAACAAUGGCUGCCAAUACGUCAUGACGCUUUUAAUGUCCUAAACAUCGGUAAUAAUUUAACGCAGGGAAUUUAUGACCCAAAGAAAGUCGAUUAUUGGAGGAACUUGUAUGAUACUUUCAGUACCAAAACUCUUUAAUACACAAACGUUCAAUCCAAAACACAAUCAAACUUAUGCUGAUGGCUAUUAAAUAAAUGUAGAAGAUCCCAAGAA